CAGUGGGAGAUGCAGCAAGGUUUGCAGCCAGAAUGGAGGGCAAGGUGUACACAGGAGAGGACUACAAGACAAAGUUCAACCCCAGGGACUACUUAAAGACCUACUACGCCUUUGAUUCAGGCACUGUAGCUGAAAACGAAAUCUUGAAAUUCCUCCUGAAUAAUCUCUUCGAAACUUUCUCUCCAGGAGGCGUGGGAGGUGACAUCCUGAUCGACGUCGGCACAGGCCCCACCAUCUACCAGCUGCUCUCAGCCUGCGAGGCCUUCCGGGAGAUCAUCGUGUCAGACUACUUGGAGCUUAACCUCCGGGAGGUGGACAAGUGGCUGAAGAAGGAGCCGGGGGCCUAUGACUGGUCCCCAGCCGUGCAAUACGUGUGUGAGCUCGAGGGAGACAGGAGCAAGUGGCAGGAGAAGGAGGCCCGGCUCCAAAGGACAGUCACGCGGUUACUGACAUGCGACGUGAACCAGCCCCGUCCUCUGGGGUCGGCCCAGGUGCCCGCAGUGGACUGCGUGCUGACCCUGCUGGCCCUGGAGUGCGCCUGCCGUGACGUGGACGCCUACCGGGCAGCCAUCCGGAGCCUGGUCGGCCUACUGAAGCCAGGCGGGCACCUGGUCACCUCGGUGGCCCUGCACUUACAGAACUACAUGGUGGGACACAGUAAGUUCUUUGGCCUCCCACUGGAGAAGGAGACAGUGGAGAAGGCCUUGCAGGAGGCCGGCUGCCAGGUGCUAAAGAGCCAGUACAGCCCUAUUAACUACUCAGAGGCCUACUGCAUCAACGAGGGCCUCUAUUUUGUGGUCGCCCGCAAGGAUCCUGGGGCCUGAGUCCAGUCUGGCAGACGGGGCCUGCCCAGACCGGGAAGUCAGGGUCCCAAAGUCUAGUAAGUCUGGAGCCCCCCACUGCAGAGUCAGCCUGAACACCAUCCCUUCCAUCUUAUUACUAUGUCCCCAGGUCACAGGUGAAAGGCGAGUUCUCCCUGCCCCCAGCCCAGGUAUCCAUCCCCCACACCCUUUUCCCUUUCAUCCUGCACCAUAAGUCAGGAAAAUAAAGUGGCUCAGCCAAA